AAGACGCAAAGAGAGCGAGCAUGGAACGAAGAUUGCAUUAUUGUUUUGAAAUUAUCAUGACCUGAGCUACUGAAAACAACAGAAUAAUGUCCUCUCUGGAAUAUAAGGUGGCAUCUGUUCUGGAGACACUUGUACAUUCAACGGUAAAUGAAAUGAGUGCAAUUCUGACGCAAACUACUACAGACGAGUCUGUCAGCGCGGAGUUUACAGACCAGCUGAACUGUGUGUUGGAACAUAACGCAAAAGAAGCUGUGAAGAAAAUAUGCCAGAUUUUCUCUGCACACCUGCAUCCUGAUAUGAGUCCGAGUGCACAAGAAACAAGACCAAAGCAAGUUGAGAAAUGGCAAAAAGCUCAUCUGGAAGUAACUGACCUACCAGAUAUUGAUCUCCACAGAAGUCAGUCCACUGACCAGCUAUCACUCGUCUCUGCUGAUAAAAUUGCUGUUGUUGUGAGCUGGAAUGGGGAGGAGGUCAUACACACCAAGCAUGUGAAAACACCUACCAAAAUACAGAAGAUGGUGAUUCUUGAGGACGAAACAUUAGUAGAUUGUUCAGAAAGUGGCAACCAUCCUCAAUUUGUGCUGCUGCAGGACAGUGAUUCUGUGGAAGAAGAGCAAAAUACUAAUUCCCCAGAGACUCAGGAUGGUAUAGAAGAAUCUGUAAGUUCAAAAAGCACCGAUGCGCAGUCGAGCCGUCGGAAGAAAGAUAAACCGUUCAGCUGUAAACACUGUAAAAGUACAUUCGAGUCGCUUAUUCUGCUGAAAGCCCAUCAGGUCGUUCAUAUCAAAUCAGAAAAGGCCUUCAUCUGCUUGCAGUGUGGUCGACGCUUCGGCAGUAAAGACACGUUGGAUGUGCACUAUCAACUUCACACCGACAACAGCCCUUAUGUUUGCAUUAAGUGCGGCAAGAUCUUCACUGAGCACAAACAGCUGCAGAGUCACCAGAGGGUUCAUAACGAAGACCGGACUUUUACCUGUAAAGUCUGCGGGAAGGCUUUUAAUCAAGCUUACGGUCUCCGGAAACAUCUUGUCGUGCACUCCACAGAGAAGCGGCAUAAAUGUGACGUCUGUGAGAAGAGCUUCCACUUUCGGAACAAUCUACUUCGCCACCAGAGAAUCCAUACAGGCGAGAAGCCGUUCACCUGCCAGACGUGCGGGCGAAGUUUCAACCAACUCGACACGCUGAAGGCGCACAAGCUAACGCAUACUGGCGAGAGACCGUACAAGUGCAAAAUGUGCAAUAAGGGCUUUGUGCAGAAGCAGAUUCUCCGGUUGCAUGAAGGAGAGCAUGAGGGAGAAGGUGGAUACAGCUGCUUUAUAUGUAAUAUGCUUGUGGGAUGCAAAGAUUCCCUACAAACACACUUAGCCGUCCACGAGGGACAGAUUCCAGUUGUCUGUUUGGUGUGCGGAGAGAGCAUUGUGUCCACCUUGAAAUCUCACCAACACAAUGCCUUGAAAACUCAGCAAUACAAGGCCGUGAAACUUCGCCAACAUAAUGAAUUGACAUCACGGCAACGCAAACACACCAUCACUACCAAAUUCAGCUGUAGUCUGUGUGGUAAGUUCUGUCAGAGUUUUGCCGGGUUAAACCUUCACAAGAUGAUUCAUACAGGAGAAAAGCCAUACAGCUGCUCAGAGUGUGGGAAGCCUUUCCGGCAGAAGAACAGCCUUAAGGCUCACCAGACCUUACAUACCGGCGAAAGACCUUUUAAUUGUGUGAAGUGCGGAAAAAGCUUUCACACUUUGGCAAAUCUCCGUCGACAUGAGCGCAUACACACUGGAGAAAAGCCGUUCAAGUGUGGCAUAUGCGAGCGGGAGUUUAACCAGUCCAAUUCACUCAAAGCUCACAUGCACAUUCACACAGGGGAAAAGCAAUACAUGUGUGAUAAAUGCGGGAAGAGCUUUGCUUAUCUAAGAAAUCUGAAGUCCCAUAAAUGUUUGCAGGUUUAAAAGGUUUGUUAAGGUGAAAUUAAAAAAAAUUGUGAUUGGUUUUUUGGUCAUUGAAAUGGUGUUUUCAGAAUAAUGUCAAUGUGCUCCAUUGACUUUCAUUGUAUUAACAAACAAUUAAACGUUUGCUUGCCACAAAAAGAAAUAACACCAUACAUAUUUCAGCAAUCGAUGACUUAAAUCUGUUCUUUGAAAUUCUGUCAUCACCCAAAGGUCGUUUAAAUCCAAAUGUAUUGCAUUCAGUAUUCAGUUUGGGCUUGUCACAUAUAAACAUUGAUCAGAGAUACAUACACAGGAAUUGAAUUGAAGAAGUGAGAAUAAGCCCCAUUGUUUUUUGUAGAAGCAGCAUGGCAUGCAAGACUGAAACUCGUUGGUUUUAGUUUGGUUGAGCUUCCAUGAGCAUAUUUGAAUGCUGUAAACAUUAUGAACCUUUUAAUGUUCAUAUCAAAUGCGGUGUAAAUUACAUUUGUUAUCUUCUUAAGUGAAAGUAUGUUAAGAAGACUUGGAUUAUACCUCAAUCCAUACUAAUUUAUUU